AUGGCACCAACAGCGCUAGGCCAUGGCAGCUCCAACGGCGCCUCCUCGCCAUUCGCCAACAAAGAUGCACUCCAAUCCAGUCGCACCACCACCACCACCAGCAGCAGCAGCAGCGCAGCGCAGUUGGUCAAUCUAGCCAGCAACAAAGUGUCCAGCGUUGCUCUGGAUGGCAAAGUUGCAUUUUCCAGCAUCGGCGCUGCCAUCGCUGCACCGCUCACCGGCACGCAGGGCGAAAAACUGGGAAGCAAAGAGGUGAUGCGUUUGGAGCACGAGUAUGGCGCGCACAAGUGAGUUUUGCAAGGCAGGAGUUGGCGUUGCGCGUGCGUGUGCGUCACCGCUGCUCUGCUUGCUUGCUCAUCCACCCACGCAUCCCCUUCUUCACGCGCCGCAUCCAAUCACCUCACCCCCCAGCUACCACCCUCUUCCCAUGGUCUUUUCACGAGGUGCAGGUGCACACGUGUGGGAUCCAGAAGGUAGACGUUACUUGGACUUUCUCUCUGCCUAUAGCGCCGUCAAUCAAGGACACUGUCAUCCGCGCAUCGUGUCGGCUCUGGUGCAGCAAGCUUCUCGUCUAACCCUCUCCUCUCGAGCAUUCUACAACGACGCUUUUGGUCCCUUUGCGCAAAAGGUGACGCAGCUGUUUGGAUAUGAGAGCGUGCUGCCCAUGAACACGGGUGCAGAGGCGGUCGAGACGGCGUUAAAGUUGGCACGCAAGUGGGGUUAUCAGGUCAAAGGCAUCCAACCUGGUCAUGCACACAUCCUCUCCGUAUCUGGCAACUUUCAUGGACGCACCCUCGGCAUCGUGAGCAUGAGCACCGACGAAGAAUCUCGACAUGGUUUCGGUCCCUUUUUGCAAGGCGUCGGACCGGGCAUCGGCGACUUGAAGAUCCGCUACGAUCACGCCGAAGAUCUCGAGGCGGUGUUGGAGCAUCACGGCUCGAAAGUGUGCGCAUUCUUGGUGGAGCCUAUUCAGGGAGAAGCUGGCAUCGUGGUUCCCAGCGCUGGCUAUCUGCAACGAGUGCGCGAAUUGUGCACCAAGCACAAUGUCCUGUUGAUCUGCGACGAGAUCCAGACCGGUCUAGGUCGCACGGGCAAGAUGCUGGCUGUCCAGCACGAUGGCAUUCGUCCGGACAUGAUCACCCUCGGCAAGGCACUCUCGGGCGGAGUGUACCCAGUGAGCGCAGUGUUGGCCGACAAAUCCAUCAUGCACGUCAUUCAACCCGGAGAGCAUGGAUCGACGUACGGAGGAAAUCCGCUCGGUUGUGCGGUAGCAUCCGCAGCGCUGGAUGUGCUCAUCGACGAGAAGCUUUCGGAAAGAGCAGAGAUGCUAGGAGCUAAAUUUCGCGCGGAUCUGCUCGCUUUGAAGCAGAGCGGCGAGUGUCCCAUGCUGAGCGCCGUGAGAGGAAGAGGCUUGCUGAACGCCAUCGUCAUUGAUCACGCCGCUUCCAAAAAGGGAAGAACGGCAUGGCAAUUGUGCUUGCUGCUCAAAUCCAAGGGUCUCUUGGCAAAACCUACCCACGUCAAUAUCAUCCGUCUUGCACCUCCCCUCGUCAUCAGCGAAGAGGAUCUGCGCAAAGGAGUGGAGAUGAUCCGUCAGUCUUUGCUCGAAAUCGACACGCUCGACGUCAUUCCGGGCGAAGAAGGCCAAGAAGCUUCUGUCGUCCCGCCCGUCAGCGAGACCUGA